AUGUCUAAUUAUACCCAACUUGAUCAAAGUGCAAAUGGAGGUGUAGCCACAGUGUUAUGUUGUAACUGUGGUACACCCAUGGAUGGAUCCACAGGGAUGAUUAUGUGUUAUGAUUGUAUCAAAUUAACAGUAGAUAUUACCCAAGGUAUCCCAAGAGAAGCUAAUAUUUCAUUCUGUAGAAAUUGUGAAAGAUUCUUACAACCUCCAGGACAAUGGAUGAGAGCUGAAUUAGAAAGUAGAGAAUUGUUAGCCUUAUGUUUAAGAAGAUUAAAAGGGUUGAACAAAGUUAGAUUAGUUGAUGCUUCUUUCAUUUGGACUGAACCCCAUUCUCGUCGUAUUAGAAUUAAAAUCACUGUUCAAGGUGAAGCUAUGACUAAUACUAUCGUUGAACAAACUUUUGAAGUGGAAUAUGUUGUUAUUGCUAUGCAAUGUCCAGAUUGUGCUAAAUCUUAUACCCCAAAUACUUGGAGAGCUACUGUUCAAAUUAGACAAAAAGUUCCUCAUAAGAGAACUUUCUUAUAUUUAGAACAAUUGAUCUUAAGACACAAUGCUCAUCAAGAUACUGUUUCUAUUCAAGAAAGUUCUGAUGGGUUGGAUUUCUUUUAUUCUCAAAGAAACCAUGCUACUAAAAUGAUUGAUUUCUUAACAGCUGUUGUUCCUGUUAAAUCUAAAAGAUCUGAAGAGUUGGUCAGUCAAGAUAUUCAUUCUGGUUCUUCGACUUAUAAAUUUGCAUUCUCCGUUGAAAUUGUACCUAUUUGUCGUGAUGAUUUAGUUGUUUUACCAAAAAAAUUAGCUAAUUCAUUAGGUAAUAUUUCAAGAUUAGUCAUUUGUUCUAAAAUUAGUAAUAUGAUACAAUUUUUAGAUCCUUUCACUUUACAAAAAGCUGAUUUACAAGCUCCUAUAUAUUGGAGAGAGCCAUUCCCAUCAUUAUGUGAUAUCCCACAAUUAAUCGAAUUUAUAGUAUUGGAUGUUGAACCUACUGGUGAUGUUCAAGGUAAAUAUGUAUUGGCUGAUAUAACAGUAUCAAGAGAAGCUGAUAUGGGAAUUAAUGAUAAUUCAUAUUAUAUAAGAUCACACCUUGGAGGUAUUUUACACCCAGGAGAUUCAUGUCUUGGAUACUUUUUAGAAAAUUCCAAUUUUAAUUCUGAUUUAUUUGAUAGUUUAAAUGAUUCGAACAUACCUGAAGUUGUAUUAGUUAAGAAACAUUAUCCAAGAAAAUCAAAGAAAUCAAAGAACAGAAACUGGAAAUUGAAGAGAAUGGCUAGAGAACAUAAAGAAAUUGGUGGUAAUGAUGAUUCAAGACAAGCUAAACAAGAUCAAGAAAGAGCCGAAAGGGAUUAUGAAUUAUUCUUACAAGAAUUAGAAGAAGAUGAUGAAAUGAGACAAGCUAUCAAUUUAUAUAAAGCUAGUGCUCCUGCAAGACAAGCUGAUGAAGAAAGUGAAAUGUUUGAUGAUGAAGAUGCUCCUGAAAUUGCUAUUGAUGAAUUAUUAGAUGAAUUAGAUGAUAUGAAUUUAGAGGAUAAUUAG